AUGAAAGGGCCAAUUGGAGGGAUUCAGAGAGCAAUGGCCAAGCGUAAAAUUCAGGACAGAAAGAUCGUAAGUAACGUCAACGGGUAUGCUAGAAGUGGAGAAAUGGUUUUAGUCUUGGGAAGGCCUGGGGCAGGUUGCUCGUCGCUUUUGAAAGCAAUUGGUGGUACUGAUUUAGACUUAUUUACAGGCUUAGAUGGUGAUAUUAGGUACGAUGGCAUUACCCAGAAGGAAAUGUUAAAGAAUUUCAAAAAUGAUUUAGUAUACGUCCCCGAAUUAGAUGUUCAUUUCCCACAUUUAACCGUUGAGCAAACAUUGAGAUUUGCCAUUGCGUGUAAGACGCCUGAAUUAAGAGUUAAUGAUGUCAGCAGAGAAAAAUUUAUUGAUGCUUUGAAGGAGAUUUUGGCGACCGUAUUCGGGCUUAGACACACUUAUCAUACAAAAGUUGGUAAUGACUUUGUUAGAGGUGUCUCUGGUGGUGAACGUAAGAGAGUUUCGAUUGCAGAGGCGUUGGCAUGCCGUGGUUCAAUUUACUGUUGGGAUAAUGCUACGAGAGGUUUGGAUGCUUCUACUGCAUUAGAGUAUGCACAUGCAAUUAGAACAUCCACGAACUUAUUGAAGAAUACGGCAUUUGUUGCCAUCUACCAGGCGAGUGAAAAUAUUUACGAAACGUUUGAUAAAGUUACUGUAUUAUAUAAAGGGAGACAAGUAUAUUUUGGCCCUGUAAUGGAAGCUAAGAAAUAUUUUGAAGAUAUGGGAUAUAAAUGCCCUCCAAGACAAUCAACUGCCGAAUUUUUAACGGCGGUAACAGAUCCUAUUGGUAGAUAUGCUAAGCCUGGGAUGGAGAAUAAAGUUCCUAGUACGGCAGAAGAAUUCGAAGAUUAUUGGUUAAAAUCUGCAGAAUACAGAAUUUUGCAGCAAGAAAUCCAAGAAUAUAAUGAUUCGAUCAAUGAAGAUGAAACACGUAAGGGUUAUUACCAUUCUCUUAAGCAAGAAAAAAUGAAGUACCUGAGAACUAAUUCUAAGUUUACUGUUAAUUAUUUGCAACAAUUGAAGUUAUGUACAACUAGAGGUUUCCAAAGACUUUGGGGUGAUAAAGCCUAUACAAUCACUCAACUUGUAGCUGCUGUCAGUCAAGGUCUUAUUGCGGGUUCACUUUAUUAUAAUACGCCAGAUUCAGUUAGUGGAGCUUUCUCAAGAGGUGGUGUUAUCUUUUUUGCGGCUUUAUACGUUUCAUUAAUGGGUUUGGCCGAAGUUUCGGCUUCAUUCAGUAGUAGGAGUAUUUUAAUGAAGCAGAAAAAUUAUUCGAUGUAUCAUCCAUCAGCUGAUGCAUUGGCUAGUGUUGUUACAUCUAUUCCUGUCACGUUAGUUGUUACGUUUUUGUUCGUGUUAAUUAUUUAUUUCUUGUCUAAUUUAGCAUCUGAUGCAGGCAAGUUUUUUACAUGCGUUUUGUUUGUUUUCCUACUUUCAUUGACUAUGGCUGGAUUAUUUGAGGCAGUGGCUUCUUUAAACAAAACCAUAUCUGGUGCAAAUGCCAUAGCUGGUGUUUUGGUAUUAGCCUCUCUUAUGUAUUCAUCAUACAUGAUCCAAAGACCUUCUAUGCACCCUUGGUUUAAGUGGAUUUCGUAUAUUAAUCCUGUUUUAUACGCGUUCGAAGCAAUUAUUGCUACUGAGUUUCAUGGACGUAAAAUGGACUGUGAUGGAAUGUAUUUGACACCCAGCGGGCCAGGAUAUGAAAACUUAGGUCAAGGCAGUCAAGUGUGUGCAUUCAAAGGUUCGGUUCCUGGUCAAAGCUGGGUUUCUGGUGACAACUAUUUAAAUGUUGCUUUCACUUACAGUUUUUCUCACGUUUGGAGAAAUUUUGGGAUUAUGAUUGGGUUCUUAGUACUCUUUACUUGUGUGAAGGCUCUUGGUGUCGAGUUUAUUAGACCUAUUAGUGGGGGUGGUGAUAGACUAAUGUUUGUGAGAGGUAAAGUUCCUGAUUCUAUUGUUUUACCUCAAGACAAAGGUCAGACGUCUGGUGACCUUGAAACUAGUUCUUCGUCUUCGAAUACUUUAGAAAAAACUAACAAUGUAGAUUCAGAGGAUAAGCUUAAAAUCUUUAAAAACUUAAAAUCUAGAGAUGUGUUUGUUUGGAAGGAUGUAAACUAUGUUGUUAAAUAUGAUGGUAGCGACCGUAAAUUGUUAGAUUCUGUUUCUGGUUAUUGUAUUCCUGGUACAUUGACAGCUUUAAUGGGUGAAUCAGGUGCAGGUAAAACCACUUUACUUAACACAUUAGCUCAGCGUAUUGACGUUGGUGUUGUUACUGGUGAUAUGUUGGUAAAUGGUAAACCAUUAGAUUUAUCUUUCAGACGUCGUACAGGAUAUGUCCAGCAACAAGAUAUUCAUGUUGAGCUGUUAACUGUUAGAGAGUCUUUGAUUUUUUCAGCCAGAUUGAGAAGAAUUAAUGAUGCCCAUGACGCUGAAAAAUUGGAUUAUGUCGAAAAAAUUAUUAAGGCCUUAGACAUGGAAGAUUAUGCUGAUGCCUUAGUUGGUAAAACCGGGGAUGGUCUUAAUGUUGAGCAAAAGAAAAAAUUGUCAAUUGGGGUUGAAUUGGUUGCAAAGCCGUCUUUAUUAUUAUUUUUAGAUGAGCCAACGUCUGGUUUGGAUUCACAGUCUGCAUGGGCUGUUGUUAGGUUGUUACGUGAGUUAUCUAAUGCUGGGCAAUCUAUUUUGUGUACUAUUCAUCAGCCUUCAGCUACGUUAUUUGAAGAAUUUGACAGAUUGUUACUUUUGAAAAAGGGUGGACAAACGGUUUAUUUCGGUGAUAUUGGUGACCAUUCUAAUGCAAUUGUUAAUUAUUUCGAAGGAAAUGGUGCAAGGAAAUGUGAUGAUCAUGAGAAUCCAGCAGAAUACAUUUUGGAAGCAAUUGGAGCUGGUGCAACAGCUUCAGUUACUCAAGACUGGUUUGAGACUUGGUGCAAUUCACCUGAGAAAAGAGCAUCUGAUAUUGAACGGGAUAGACUCAUUGAAGAAUUAUCUAAGCAAGUGGAUGAUGUGAAUGAUCCGAAGGAAAUCAAGCAAUUAAGGUCAACUUAUGCUGUCCCUUAUUGGUAUCAAUUCAUUAUAGUUGUUCGUAGGAAUGCCUUGACGUUUUGGAGAAACCCUGAGUAUAUCAUGUCUAAAAUUAUGCUUAUGACUAUGGCUGGUUUAUUUAUUGGGUUUACAUUCUUCGGUUUAAAGCAUUCUGUUACUGGCAUGCAAAAUGGUAUGUUUGCUGGAUUCUUAGCUGUUGUUGUUUCUGCACCCGUCAUUAAUCAAAUUCAAGAACAUGCCAUCAAAGGUCGUGAUUUAUUUGAAGGAAGAGAAAAAUUAUCGAAUACGUAUCAUUGGUCGUUAAUGGUAAUUGCGCAAUGUAUUAAUGAAUUGCCUUACUUGAUAUUCGGCUCUACAAUUAUGUUCGUUUCAUUAUAUUUCCCAACUCAGGCUGAUACAUCACCUCCACAUUCAGGAAUCUUUUAUUUGACUCAAGGUAUAUUUUUACAAGGUUUCGUUGCAACUUUUGGUUUAUUGAUUCUCUAUAUUGCACCAGACUUGGAAUCAGCUGCAGUUUUAACUUCAUUCUUUUAUACAUUUGUGGUUGCGUUUAGUGGUGUUGUUCAACCAGUGAAUUUGAUGCCUGGGUUUUGGACGUUUAUGAAUAAGGUGAGUCCAUAUACUUACUUCAUUCAAAAUUUGAUAACUGCGUUUUUACAUGGUAGAAAAGUCCAUUGUAGUGACGUUGAGCUUGCUUACUUUAAUCCUCCGUCUGGUCAGACAUGCCAACAAUUUGCGGGGGACUUCGUUAAAGCUAGAGGAGGUUAUUUAUCAGACCCACAAGCUACUAAAGAAUGUGGAUAUUGUACGUAUAGUAUCGCUGAUGAAUAUUUGAGUUCAGUUGGCGCAGAAUUUUCCAACAGAUGGAGAAAUAUUGGGUUUUAUUGUGUCUAUAUUGCCUUCAACCUUUGCUUUGUUUUAACGUUAUAUUGGAUGUUCAGAUUUAGAAAAGGGUCUAUUUUUUCAAUUUUCAAGAGAAAUAAUUGA